UCCGCCAUUUUGUGAGAAGCAAGGUGGCCUCCACGUUCCCUGAGCGUCUUCUUCGCUUCUGCCUCGACCGCCCCUUGACCACAGAAAUGUCUCGGGAUCGGUUCCGGAGUCGCGGCGGUGGCGGUGGCGGCUUUCACCGGCGCGGAGGAGGCGGAGGCCGCGGCGGCCUCCAUGACUUCCGCUCCCCGCCGCCCGGCAUGGGCCUCAACCAGAACCGUGGCCCAAUGGGCCCCGGCCCGGGCGGCCCUAAGCCCCCGAUCCCGCCGCCGCCUCCGCACCAGCAGCAGCAGCAGCCGCCGCCGCAACAGCCACCUCCACAGCAGCCGCCUCCGCAUCAGCCGCCGCCGCAUCCGCAGCCGCAUCAGCAGCCGCCGCCGCCGCCGCCGCCGCAGGACUCGUCCAAGCCUGUCGUUCCUCAGGGCCCCGGCCCCGCUCCCGGAGUAGGCAGCGCGCCGCCGGCCACAGGCUCGGCCCCGCCCGCCACUCCGCCGACCACCGGGGCCCCUCCGGGGCCGGGUCCCACUCCGACCCCGCCGCCCGCCGUCACCUCGGCCCCGCCGGGGGCGCCCCCGCCGGCGCCGCCGAGCAGCGGGGUCCCGACCACUCCCCCCCAGGCCGGGGGCCCGCCGCCUCCCCCGGCAGGAGGCCCAGUUCCGGGUCCGGGGCCUAAGCAGGGUCCAGGCCCCGGGGGGCCCAAAGGCGGCAAAAUGCCUGGCGGGCCGAAGCCCGGCGGCGGCCCCGGCCUAAGCACUCCCGGCGGCCACCCGAAGCCGCCGCACCGAGGCGGCGGGGAACCUCGCGGGGGCCGCCAGCAUCACCCGCCCUACCACCAGCAGCACCACCAGGGGCCCCCGCCCGGGGGGCCCGGCGGCCGCAGCGAGGAGAAGAUCUCGGACUCGGAGGGAUUUAAAGCCAACUUGUCUCUGUUGAGGAGACCUGGAGAGAAAACUUACACACAGCGCUGUCGGUUGUUUGUGGGAAAUCUACCUGCAGAUAUCACAGAGGAUGAAUUCAAAAGGUUAUUUGCUAAAUACGGAGAACCAGGAGAAGUUUUUAUCAACAAAGGCAAAGGAUUCGGAUUUAUUAAACUUGAAUCUAGAGCUUUGGCUGAAAUCGCCAAAGCCGAGCUUGAUGAUACGCCCAUGAGGGGUAGACAGCUUCGAGUUCGCUUUGCCACCCACGCUGCCGCCCUGUCUGUUCGUAAUCUUUCACCGUAUGUUUCCAAUGAACUGUUGGAAGAAGCAUUUAGCCAGUUUGGCCCUAUUGAAAGGGCUGUUGUAAUUGUGGAUGAUAGAGGAAGAUCUACAGGGAAAGGCAUUGUUGAAUUUGCUUCGAAACCAGCAGCAAGAAAAGCAUUUGAGCGAUGUAGUGAAGGUGUUUUCUUACUGACAACAACUCCUCGUCCAGUCAUUGUGGAACCACUCGAACAGUUAGAUGACGAAGAUGGUCUUCCUGAGAAGCUUGCACAGAAGAAUCCGAUGUAUCAAAAGGAGAGAGAAACUCCUCCACGCUUUGCUCAGCAUGGCACGUUUGAAUAUGAAUACUCUCAGCGAUGGAAGUCUUUGGAUGAAAUGGAGAAACAGCAGAGGGAACAAGUUGAAAAAAAUAUGAAGGAUGCAAAAGAUAAAUUGGAAAGUGAAAUGGAAGAUGCGUAUCAUGAACAUCAGGCAAAUCUUUUGCGCCAAGAUCUAAUGAGACGUCAGGAAGAAUUAAGACGUAUGGAAGAACUUCACAAUCAAGAAAUGCAGAAACGUAAAGAAAUGCAGUUGAGGCAAGAGGAAGAACGACGUAGAAGGGAGGAAGAGAUGAUGAUUCGUCAACGUGAGAUGGAAGAGCAAAUGAGACGCCAAAGGGAGGAGAGUUACAGUCGUAUGGGCUACAUGGAUCCAAGAGAAAGAGACAUGAGAAUGGGAGGUGGAGGAGCAAUGAACAUGGGAGAUCCCUAUGGUUCAGGAGGCCAGAAAUUUCCACCUCUAGGUGGUGGUGGUGGCAUAGGUUAUGAAGCUAACCCUGGAGUUCCACCAGCAACCAUGAGUGGUUCCAUGAUGGGAAGCGACAUGCGUACUGAGCGCUUUGGGCAGGGAGGUGCGGGGCCUGUGGGUGGACAGGGUCCUAGAGGAAUGGGGCCUGGAACUCCAGCAGGAUAUGGUAGAGGGAGAGAAGAGUAUGAAGGCCCCAACAAAAAGCCCCGAUUUUAGAUGUGAUAUUUAGGCUUUCAUUCCAUUUGUUUUUGUCUUCUUGUUUAGAUACCAAUCUUUUAAAUUCUUGCAUUUUAGUAAGAAAGCUACCUUUUUAUGGAUGUUAGCAGUUUAUUGACCGAAUAUUUGUAAAUGGUCUGUUUGGGCAGGUAAAAUUAUGUAAUGCAGUGUUUGAAACAGGAGAAAAUUUUUUUUUCCUUUCUAUUUCCUUUUUAAUGUUUUGUUUUUGGUUUUUUUUUUUUUUUUUUUUAAACUGUAUAAUGUCCCUCAAGUUACGGCAGUGUACCUGUGCCACUGAAUUUCCAAAGUGUACCAAUUUUUUUUUACUGUGCUUCAAAUAAAUAGAAAAAAAUAGUUAUAAUAUUGAUCUUCAACUUUGCCAUUCAUGCUUCUAUGCACAUUAGGCUAAGAAGUUAAGUUCACUUUGAAAGCAUGAGAGCGUUUAGACCUUUGAGUGGCUUAUGCCAUUUCUGGGAAGUGUACUGGAGGCUAAGUACUGCCUUCUAUAAAUAACUGCCCCCUUGUUUUAAAAAGAAACGAAUACUGAAGUAGUUUCGUUUGGCGUUACAGGAAGCAAGCUUUGGUGCUAAGUAUUUUUCAAUGGUUAUGUAAGCAAAGCUGAACUGUAUCUUUUCAUUCAGGAAUAUGUAAUUAAGAUUGUGGUUUAAGACUAUUGGUAGGGGGAGAAACUGGGUUUGGUUAAAUGGAUCUUUCAUGGCCCUAUGAUCUAUCCCUUCCUUGAAAGUUUUUAAAAAGUGGAAAGAUCAUUUUGUUGCAUUUCCCCAUUCUUGUUUUUAAAGGAACAACAAAUCCCAAGCCCUACAAAUGGCUUGUAUUGGAAGUUUUACAUUUGAAUUAAAGAUUGUUAAACAUGAAGCCUUUUCAUGUAUUACUUUAAGUGAUUUCUAAAGAUGGGAUAUAGUCUGAAAAACAACUUGAAAGCCAGAAAGUUUAGUUACCUUAGAGUUAGCUAUAUACACGUUUAUUUAUACUCUUUUAUACCUCCUUGUGCUACUUCUGUUGGGCAAAAUCUGUAGGACUAUAAAAAUCUCUUUUUCUGAGAGCUAGUGGUGAUGUUAAUAAUGAAUAGGGUUGCAGAUAACCAUUAUUAUAAAUUUGUUAAUCUGUUUUUACAUAGUUUGCUUUUAAUGUAGCAAGAAUUGCUCAUGCUACACAGUACAGAUACAGUACAGAUAUUCCUUUCUCCCACCAUAAAGCUAUGGAAUGUUUCGAUGGUGUUGUCAGUUAAUUGUCAACUUCAUUGAAUCUCCUUUCAUUAGAACAAGAGACUCUGACUCAAUAUUAUAGAUGGUUUACUGUUGUUUAUUAGUACAACAGGAGCUGAUUUCCCAGUGUAAAUAUGUUAGAGAAACAACUUUCUAACAGUAGGUAAAGAAAUUGAAUGGUUGGCUUUGUUCUUAGUUAUUAUUCCAUUCAAAUCUGUACAUUAUGGUACUUUGACUAUGGAAUGUGUCUUCCUUUUUACCUCUGUUCUUGGUGCUAAUUGGCAAAAGAAAAAUUCUAAAUCAAACUUUCAAACAUGCUGAAGUUUAGUAUCGUGCCUCAGUACAUAAGGAGACCUAUUGUUGGAAAACUGAGCCCUUUCCACAUUGGAAACGGGAUAGUACAAGUUAACAACACCAGUGGAGCAUGAAAGCAUGUCACCAAAUUCUGUUGUAUGAUUGACAGGUACAUGGUGUGCUGAUUAAGGGAGGGAAUCUAUUCACUAGCACACUGGGAGUGGGUAGGGGUAGUUCUAAAUAUAAGAUUUCUCUGUACGGAAAGAAGGGACUUGAUUUAAAAGGAGUCUGUUACAAUUUGGUUGAAUUGUACAGCAGGGACUCUACUGAUGCCAAGAAAAUAAAGGGUGUUCAUGGGACACCCACAAAGGGUAAACGUGAAUGUGUGUGGGUGGGGGCUGGUGGGAAAGUGGGAAAAUCUGCCUAUAAAAUUAAUGUUUCAGUUUAUUUUUCAGAUUACAUGCCUUUCUUUAUAAGGGAUGCUGGCACAGACCCCCUAAAUUAAGUUUUUGGUAGUACUGUACCUUUGAAGAGUGGUGAAGGAUGCUAAUGGAUUAUCUCCUGAAAGUUGUGGCUUUUGAUACCCUUGCUGUGGGCUGUAGAAUUAAUUGCUAAACGUUGUUUAGCAAGUAAUGUUGCUUAGUUUCAACUGACAUUUGACUUUCCAUCACUGGAACAGCAGUGUACCAAGGGUUGUAAGUGACUCAGACUUUCAGUAAGUCUUGCAAUAUAUAUGCUAGAUUUUAGCCUAAUGUGAACUUAAGUCAUCUUAAAAUAAGUAGUUUCCUGAAAGUUGAUAAUGAAACUUGGGUGGGAGAGGGAAGGUAAUGAUUUUGAAGUAUAUUAGCCAUUUUUCUCAUUUUAAGAAGCUUCCUGCCCCCAUUUCCUCUUCUCCUUUUCUCUCAUAGUUUUAAGAGGAACAUUUGGUUUUUUAAAACUUGUUUCUCCUAAUCUUUAUAAACUGCAUUCUCUAAAACCCCAGUGUAUUCAUUUAAUAGAUAACCUGUAAGCUUAACCCAUUGGCUCACAUUACUUAGUAAAACCAUAAUCCUGUCUGCUCGGAACAUUAUCAGCCUUAUGAAGUACUGUAAACCCCACCACUCUUGAUAGAUGUAUUAGAUCACUAAUACAAACAGAUAACAAUUUGGGAAACUGUAAUGUUACGCCUGUGCAAUUUUAUAAGUGGCAUAUUACGGCAGAUAAAAAUUUAGAUACUUGGCUUUUCUUGGGCAAGCCACUAAGUCGUGGUGGAAUGUUUUCUGGUGUUCUUGGACUGCAACUAUGCACUAUUAAAGUAGUGGCCUGCUACAUAACUGCAUUUAGCCAGCAUUUCUGCAGUGCGUAACUGUGAGGAACGUAGUACCGCAAAUGGCAAUGGACAUUAGGACCCGGAUGUAGUAUUCCUGCUUGCUCCAAGAUUCUCAUUGCCGACUGCAUACAGGUAGGUAACAAGCAAUAUAAUCUAACUUGGUGACUUGCUAUGUACUUUUAUUCCAUGGGCAUUCUGACAUCACACUUCUGACAAUGAAAUUACAGUGCAGCACCUAACACUUGUAUGGUAAAGUUAGUAGCUUAUAUCAAAACUGCGUGGGUUUGGGGUUAGAACUGUAAUUUGUCAGGCAGAAUUCAGUGCUGUUGCAGUUCUCAGAUAAAAAGUGCAAACUUGAUUCUUUGGUAUCUCUGACUCAGUUGUGUGGUUUUCUUUAGUUGCAUUGUAACUGACAAUAAAAUGGAACACAUCAGUGGUGUUGGGGGAAAGGGAACCAAAUCAUACUUGGGAACUGGAGUGCUAAAUCUUAGCACCUUGACACGGACUCUAUUCAGCACAUGUGAUGGCUAGUCUCUGUUACAGCAAACUGACCUGCCCGUAGGUUGGCAAUAUCAGUAAUUUCAGUAUGCAAACUUGGUAAUUAUUCUGCAAGUGAGUGAAUCAAGAGUAAAGGUACAGUCUCUGUUUUUGCUUUUGUAAUGUGAUUGAAAGUUUCUUAAAAACAUGAACUUCAUGGUAACACCUUCGUUACUAACUUGGGCCUAGAUGGGAACCUAAUGUGACUAGUUGAAGUUAUGUGAUUGGUCUCUUCCUAUACUCUAAACCUGGGGGAAAAUGGUGUGGAACAGUGACUUGCCUACAGUUGAACAUGUUGGGAAUCAUUCCCAAUCCUAAGACUUCGUCGUAUUCUGUAGGAUGACUGCAUAUGUUCAGAGUAGCCUUUUGAAUUUGGCUCCCUCAGCUUUAGGGAUGUGAUGAUAGUCCAAAAUGUUUCAUUACAAGAGAAGUCUUCAAAAGCACCUUCUUUGUUGCUUAGGACUUAAGCUUUGCAUCAACUAUUGUUCCAGACCGCAAUUCAACUUAGAACUUUUGGUCUCUGAACUGGUUUUUAGCUAGUAUGCAUGAGAAACAGCUUUCAUCUACAACGCUUUCUGCUCUGUAACUGGAAAGUUUGGCUUCCUUUGCAUAAAUGCCGGUGAAAAAUUCCAUACGUGACUAUGAGACUCUUUUUUUUUCAUUGUAUUAAGAAAAAUAGCUUGCUCUUUGGCAAGCAGUUCUCAGGGUGGGGACAGAUUUGUAAUUAUGUGUAGUCCAGUCAAGCAAAAACUGUGACUAGCUCAGCUCCUCCAUACAAAUAAGAAAAUGUAGAUCAAACAUAAUGCUCAGUGUUAGUGAUGAAUGCAUCCCUAAACUGCACAGGACCCCGAUGGGUUCCUGUGUCAUAAUCCAUUAAGUUGGUGGCCAGUGCUUGCUACCAGUUUAGUGAUUGGUGUCCAGAAAUAAAAGCUCAGGUUUAAUUUCUCAGCAAUAACAAUUUUCAUAGAAUGCACUUGUAUGACAUACGGACUUCAGGAACAUCAUUGGGAUGGGGGUUAAUUUUGCUUUAGCUUUAUUCUGCUUCACGAUGAUUAGACUUUUGCACUUUAGAAUGAGAAACCUGUGACUUAAGUCGAUUCUUACUAAUUUGUAUGCAGUUUCAAAUUGUGGAUUUUAGUGCAGUGGGUUUUUUUUUAAGCACUCAGUCAAAAAGCUGGGAAUUAAGUGGGUUUCGGUAGUAACGCUAUACCGAGGUGCUUGCAUUGUAUUUCAUAAUUUUGUUUUUGCAAACCAAACUAAAAUUUCAUAAUGACAACAAUCUGAGAUCAGAGGUGUGAUGCCAGAAUGUGUUUUCGUACUGUUAGGCCCUUGGAACAGAUACCGGUGCUUUCUGAAAGAUGAAAGAAUUGCAAUGGGUACUCUUCACAGAAGGCUACAAACCUGCAAAGAAUGCAUAGUUCACUUUUCCCCAAUAGAGAGAUGCGUGUGACUAGUUUUGGACUUUAAACCUUAAUGGGGGUUGCAUGUCUCAUUGUUAAUCAUUGUCAGCUGCAGUGACAUGAUCACAGUCCUGCAUUUAUUUACUUUCCCUUAAUGAUUUUGGACAGGUUUUUUAGAGAGCCAGGAUGCUUGUUCUGGGCCUUUAUUGGUUUUGGCUUUAGCUGAUAAUGUUUCAGUGCUGUCAGCUAGUGCAGUUCUCAAACGGCUGCCUAUUAGGGAAAGAAUUCAGAGGAUUUGACUGCUCCUAAUCAUCUGUCAUUGCUGCUAGAUAAUGAUUGGCAAUUUUUAAGACUCAACUGUGGAAAUUUCACGGUUGCUGGUAACCAUCAACCAUAAAAAUGUUGCUUUUGAACACCAGUGCUGAAGAGAUUUUUUUUUGGAGGGUGAAAGGGGGCUGGUUGUAGAACAGGUUAGGGAUAAUCUGGAGAAUGGGGGAAGAAUGCAAAACGAUAUAGUAUCCCUUAUGGAUGGUACAUGUGCAACAGGGAACUAUUUGGUGUACCUGUGGCUGUAAUGAUAACAGGAAGGAAGAAAAACCUGAACUUGAAUUAAGGUUAAUCUGGUUUUGUGCUCUGUGGCCCUGCCAGGCAUAUAGCGAAGGUGAAUGGAUGUCUUCUCCCUUGAGUUCCUUGCUGUCCCAGUAAGGCAUAGCUUCCCUGCCCUAACUUAAAAUUCAGUGAGGACUGAACAAGGCACUUUAUAGGAUUGCAGGGUAACCACUGCAGUGUUGUGUACUGUGGGAAGGGGUAGGAUGCACUUGAAAGACUCCUGCUAAAGGUGGCCAUCCCACCUGAGAACAGAAGACAUACUUGAAUGGGGAGCAGGGUAUGUGCUUCUGUAUGAAAAGAGCUGAUAAAACUCAUUUGGUAAGGUGACCGUUGUCACAUACCUUCACAUAAGGGAUAGUAUAUUUUGGGUUGCAGUCAAACUUCAUUGUGCUCAGACUGGUGAAAAGGAGUUAGGAUUUGCAUUUUAAAGAAAGUUUUCUUUCUAACUCAAGGUGUCUACUUCCUACUUUAUGUAAGAAUACUUUUAGAUUUUUGUUUUUCCCCAUGAAGUUUCUUCCUAAUUUUUUUUUAAGCUGUAACUUACCCCCAAUCUUUGUCUCUGGAAUUUUUACUCUUUAAAUUUUGAAGUUAACUAGCAUUUUCAAGCCUUUAUUUCAUACCCUUGUCUUCUAUAUUAACUUUUUCCUAUUAUUCUUUAGGUGAGAAUGAUUGAUGUUGGCUGAUACUGGAGGAUCAUUCACUUGAAGUGGAUAAGAAAUUUCUCACAUACAGCAGGAGCCAACUUAAGGAAAGCUACGGAUUGUUAGACUGACAAAAGGUCUAAUUGGCAGGAUCAGGUGAGCUGUGUCCAGAAAACCAGCGAGGAAGAAUGCAAGGAGGAAUGAACAACGUCUUGCCAUUAAUAAUAAAGACAUUUUAAAAUUUG